UGCUCGGCCCAUCGUUGCGACACCUUGCAGCGCCUAAUUCCCAACCACGUCACCCGCUCUGCCCUUUCUCUUCUUCCACUCCUUCGCGCACUCGUUAUACCCCUAUCUGUUGUAAUAUUCUGCUCUUUUCGCGCCCUUAAUCGCCGUUGCGCGCGCUGCUGAGCCCAUAACUCCGCUGCGACGUCAUUCCGCCGCGUAUUCCUCCGUUACUCGAUGCGCCCGACCUUUGCCACGACAGAUGACCGCUGUUCGUGCUAGGCUUCCACUUCCACUUUCACCACCAUGCAGUCCAUGUUCCGCCUCCCUUGGAGUACGGAGUCGCCCGGCGACAAAAUCAUGGAAAAGGCGGCGCUGCACAAGUCAAGACCGCUGCCCGUCGUCGAGAUCCCCUCUUUCAUGAAUAGGAUCAAGCGCAAGAGGACCGACAGCCCCGAGCCGGCGUCGCCGCAGCCUGCGCAUGUAGUGAAAAAGUGGAAGGACGCGCACGGGGAAGUGAAGCCAGCAGUGAUCGCAAACGGGAGCGCCGACCGCAUGAACGUUGUGGACGGGGUAGUCACUGAGCCCUUGGACUCCGCGGAAUCUCGAGGAAGUGCGCCGAAACCUGCGCCUGCCGAAGUUCUGGAGUCGCGUCCGAAGGCGCAGCCCUCGAGAAGAGAAGGCGCGAGCAAGAGCAAGGCAUCAAAGUCGCAGAAACCAGUUGCCAAAUCCGAGGCUUCUGCCGACGCAACUACAUCUGCCAUGGGGACGGGAUUGAGCGCACUUCAGCAAGCCAUCGAGGCCCAGAUCAACUACGAAAUUCUGCUCAAGCACAACGAACUGCGCCUGAUCGAGCAAGAGCUGGCAAAGUGUCAAGUUUCGCUGGAGCAGCUGAGGCGUUGCUCGCUGAUUCCCUUUCCCGGCACCGGCGGUCUCUCUCAAAAUGUUAGCGGUGGCGUGGGAGCUGCUCUGCAACCGCCCUCCGGCUACACGGCACCACAGUACGCCGCGCCGUGGGGAGUCACAGACGGUCCGUACACUCGCCACUACGCCAAGUGGUUGAUCUCGGAUCCGAAGUUCGACUCCAUGUCGGAACGGGCGCUUGCGCAGCAGGCUCAAGGCUACUUUGGUAUUGGUGAAGGCCGGACGACGCGUGGCAGUUUUGCUGAGUUCGGCUCAACAGGCAAAGCGCGCACGUCUCGAACUUCGACUGGAACGUUGAAGCUCCAGGCUCUGGGUGAAAACCCAGCACCAGCACCGAAGAUUGAUCCCUUGCUACACAAGCGGUCUACGGACGGACAGUGGGUAAGGCUCUACUGCGCGCCGUGCGGUCACAGCAAUUUCUCCAAUACGCAAGGAUUCCUCAACCACUGUCGUAUCAAGCACGGCCACGUCUACAAGAGCCACGACCAGGCAGCCAUCGCUUGCGGCGUUCCUGUGGAUGUCAACGAGGUUGGAAACCCGGUCACGGCAACCGAACCGACAGCCACGCCCGCAACGACUCCAGCGGUCACGUUCCCGGCACCUACCACUCCAGGAUUCAUCCACCCGCUUGUUCGUGCGAAUCCUCCGGAGUUGGCCAAGGACGUGCAUCGCGAUUUCAGCAAGCCACGUGACGAGGCCAAACCAAAGGCGCAAGCGGCAAAAGCGCAUUUCUCGGGAUCGAAAUUAACUCCACACCUGAAUGCUCUACUUCAGAAGCGCGGUUUUGAGGGAGACCUGAAGGGACUAGUCGACACCGCGCGAACAAAGGUUGAUCUUGAUGCCAUGGAGACUUCGGAUGACGAUGUCGCGGACACUAGCGCCGUCCAGACACCGGUUGCAGCCAAGCCAUCGCAGCUAGUGCGUCUUCCCGCAAGCGCGCCAAAUGCUGCACCUGCAAGCAAAGCUCCGUCAGCACGGCCAGGCAGCCAGAAGGGUCACUCUGGUGGUCACGCGCGCCUCCCGCUCUCGUUUCCAGACGGUUCGCUUCGCCGAGGCGGUCAUCACAUGCCAGACUCUCCGGUAGACCUCAGCCCGAACACAGUUGAGUCUAACCCUGGCUUAGUGAGCGAUCAUGACGACGAUGACGACGAGGACGGAUACGACGCGCGCAGCCAGCCGGACAUUAUCAUGAACGAUGAUGUUGUCGUCGAGGAUGCCAGCGAUAUCGAGGGUGUCGCGGAGCGCACGGGAUCGCGGAAGGGCCUGGACAGCUGCUGCUUCCGGAAGGGAGAGGGGAGUCGCAAGCAUUAGAUGGCGAGCAAGUUGAGUCGGGCUCUCUGUCCUUUCUGAAAAGAUUGUGUUUUUGCUUUCCUGUUUCCUUCUCUCUCUCUUCUACCCAUCUCUGUGCAAUAGAAUUAUCCGCCUCUU